AUGGCAGUGAGGAUCGCAAGAUGGCCCAGAGCGGUCUGGAGAGCAGCGCCGGUGGUGCCGGUCUCGUCAGCUGGGCGCAGUCUCUCCAGAGCAGCGAUCCCGUCACCAAUUGACACCUCUCUCAAGUCCGCCGACACGAGGCGCUGGUACUCCAGCGAGUCCUCCCCUCCCAUCGAGCAUGCCGACGAACCACGCACGAAUGCGCCGAAACCCUCGCUCACCGAAGCCUCGAAACGACCGGAAGGUGCUGGUGACGACCUGGACCCCCUAAUGGGUGUGGCCAUGGCCGGGUCAUCCCCGAAAAUCCGGGAGCAAGAUGCCGCGUUCUUCGGGCGCAGCGUCUCGUCGAAAGUGGUGGAAUUGGAACUGAAAUGGCUGAAGGAUCCGCGGGCGCUGGCCGACCGGGUCGCGAGGCUGCUGAGCGCCGACGAUGUGCCUCUCGCGGCGGCGUUGGUGCGGUCCGCGCAGAAGGAGCGCAUGGAGUGCUCCGUCGCUUGGAACCAUCUGCUCGAGUACUGCAUGAACAAGCGGGCGCCGCGGGCGGCCUUCAAAUUCUACAAUGAUGUAUGUUGCGCGCGCGUGUCUUUUUGGCUGUAUGGUGGGUGUGCUGACUUGGUUUUGCUUGUAGAUGAAGAAACGAGGCCGGAAACCGAAUUCCCGGACGUACACGAUCAUGUUGAACGGUCUCAGCAAAGCCGGGAGGAACUCGGGCCUCAACCCGGUCAAGACGGCUUAUUCUAUAUAUCGGUCGAUCUCGGCGUCCAACUCCAUUGUCGAGCCGAACAUUAUCCACGGAAAUGCGAUGCUGAACGUCUGUUGGCGUUUGGGAGAUAUGGAUACGCUCUGGCGGGUGGCUGGCGAGCUUCCCGAGGAUGGUCCCGGCUCGCCGGAUCCAACUACGUAUACCAUUAUUCUGAAGGCCAUCAGGGAUGCCACGCAACGGGACGUCGAAGGUAUGCGGUCACGGGACGUUCGGCCGAUCUGGAUAGGAAAACCCAGGGCGUGACCGAGGGCAAGCGGGUCUGGUCUGAUAUUAUCUACCAGUGGGGAAAGGGCCGUCUUGCGCUGGACAACCAGUUGGUGGGUGCGAUGGGCACGCUUCUGCUGGAGGGUGCCAGCGACCGCGAUUGCUAUGAUGUAUUUGCGUUGAUUCAUCAGACCACGGGCGUCCCUAUCCUUGCAAAGGAGCCCCCAAAGAGUAUGCCCAAAAGAUCGUCCACUUCGAGACUCCAAGAGGACACUGGGCUUCAAGAGGAAGUGGAGGACGUUCCUUUUGUGGAUGAGGGCAAUCGGCUGUACAGACCAUCAGAGCCUGAACAGGAGGCCAGUGAAGAACUUGAAGAGGAGGAAGAGAAUUUCGAUAACCUGUUCGAUCCGGUCAUCUCACCCGAUGCGGCUAAACCAAAGGAGGGUGGUGACGAGGUCGGCCCCUCGUAUCUUACUGUGGGCAACAGGGAGCUGUCCAUGAUCAUGGAAGCAUGCCUUUCCAUGACGCAGGGCCUGAGCACUGGAAAGGCUUACUGGAAUUAUCUGACGCGGGAGGACCACGACUAUAAAAUCGACCCAGACUCGGGGUCGUUUCAUCAGUACCUGCGGCUUCUGCGAUUGGGGCGGUCCAGUCGUGCGACUGUCGAAGUGAUCCGCGACCAGAUGGUACCGUCGGGCGUGUUAGAGGGCAGGACAUUUCACAUCGCGAUGAGUUGCUGUCGACGUGACCGCAACAAUAUCAACGUGUUGAAAAACUCUAAUGAGCUUCUAAAGCUCAUGGACGAGCAUCUCGUGCUUCCGGACCCGAAAGCACUGGAGGGCUACCUCGAGUUGAUCCGAGUCCUGGAGGAUAACCCGCACCUCCUCGUGUCCUUGAACGGUCUCAACACGGACGAGAAGCUCUCGUCGAGCAGUCUUGGGCGUCUGGGCCGGGAACUACAGUUCCGUCUGCGACAAGUUGCAAUUGACCAACUGCGUCCCCAUGUUUCGAAGCUCGACAAAGCUAUGGAGCAUGGCGCCAGUAUCCAGCUUCCGGGAGGUAACCGAAAGUCUAGGAAACCUGAUCCGAACUCAGUGCAUGCCGUGCGAGGCCCCCAGGCGCUGAAGGUGUUGGUCCAGGCCAGAGGUCUGAUUGAUACUACAUUGAAGCCGGAAAACGCUUCGCUGCUUUCCAAGACCCUCCGCGAACAGCUCGAGAAGGACUCGAUGGAUUUGAGGAAAUACUCUGACGCCAGCGUGAUGAAAAUGUACAAGGGUCUUAUGAUCUCCCCUACGCCAGAGCAGGUUCUGGCUUUUGAAGACCGAGCAAGAGACUAG